AUGCCAAAGGUAAUUCCAUUGGCACAUUCCUUUGCCAAAAAUUUGCCUGGGUCGAAUGUAAAUUCCAUGCCACCUUCGGUGGACCAAUGCCCACAAGGGGCUCAGACCACAGUGCAAAAAUUGGUUAUUCAAAAUAUGGCAGAAGGAAGCAGUGAAGAAAAAAUAGCUGACACCUUACCAUUAUUAGCAGUUUGUCCUGUUGUUCAGAAUGCACAGGGACAGAGAGCCUGUGAAUCAUUGCCCUUCGCAGUUUUUAACAAAUUGAAGCGAAGUGUGACAGAAAAUGGCUUGCAUGGCAUUCUUGAUGGGCUAAGAGGAGCCAAUACUUUAAUUCCAAACCUUGAGGCCUCUGAAGUUUCAAUGAAACAAUUGACUUAUGAAAAUGAAAAUGCUGAUUGCAAGACUGUUCUUAAAGCAAGUUAUCAGAAGCAGGAAACAGAGAUUGCUCAAAUGAUUAAGCCUUGCCAGAAUAUUGACACUGAGAUUCACAAAUCUACCCUCCGAGCAGCAGCUUUGUCUCCUUCAGUUCAUCCUACUAAAGACAGGCAAUGCCACAAUGGAUGGCCUUCCAGCCUGAGUUUAAAUGGGAGAACAAAGACUGUUGUGCCAGCUGAUUGUCAGUCUUUUACUGAAGCUAAAUUAGCAGAGCCAGCUAUUGCUUCUAACACAGUUGCUUUUAACACACAGUCUCCUGUGACAAAUCUGCGCCAUGCUGCUAAGGGCAGUGCUGGUUUGAAUCUAAUGGCAGCAGAACUUGCUACUUUUCAGUUCCAGUUCCCUAUAGAGGUUUAUAAAAUUAAGACAUAG